CAUACAAAGAGCUACACAACACGAGCAUUCAUCAUUAGCACGGUUACUUGUGCUUAAGUAUAAAAGACCUGAAAUGUCUGAUGAUAUUGAGAUUCAGGCAACAGACAAAGAAAGAGAGAUGAUCAAUGUGAGUGGAGAUGACUUCAGGACAAACUCCAAUACCAACAGACAACAACCACUUCGAUGUGAAGGACGUGAUUGUGUAAAGAUGAGAAGAUACAGAACAGCUACAGUGUGUUUGGUGCUGCUGUGUGUUCUUCUACUGACUGCAGUCAUAGUGCUGUGUGUGAUGUUCACAAACCUGUUGCAGUCUGAGACAGAGAAACCGUGCGACAGGCUUAUUGAACCGAAUCAGCCUAAAUGGAUAAAACACAAGCUCAGUUCUUACUACAUUUCAUCUGAGUGGAGAAACUGGAGCGAGAGCAGACAAGACUGUUUACAGAGAGGAGCAGAUCUACUCAUCAUAAACGACAAUGAGGAACAAGACUUUAUUACACAAGUUACCAGUGGAAACCUUGUUUGGAUUGGACUUGCCUUUCGUACAGAGGAAAUGUUGUGGAAAUGGGUUGAUGGCACCAAAAUGACAUCUGAGUUUUGGAGACGUGGGGAACCUGAUAAAUCAGAUGAGGAAUGUGUUGUAUCAAACUAUGGCUGGGCCGAUUAUUCCUGUAAUUUGACUUUUGUGUGGAUUUGUGAGAAGCGUUUGGAAAUUUAACAAAGCUUUAAAAUCAAUUAUGUGUACAGUAAACACAUUCAUGGCAAACGUUUUUCUCAAGUCAAUUUUGUGUACAUUUUUUUAUUGUUUAUCCAACACAAUUUAUUAACCAAACUGCUAUCUUAUCACUGAAUUUUUUUUGUCGAAUCAUCAAAUAUUUUUUUAUGUUACUUUAACUUGAAAUUGUUUUUUUAAGUUAUGUCAACUUUUCACAAGCCAAAACUUAAAAUAGCAUGUUGAAUUGACAUGCAAAAUCAAGUUGUUUUAACUUUAUGCUGCAAAUGUUUUAAAGUGUACUUUAAAAAGAAAAGAAGGAGUUGGUCAUUGUGUAAUUUGCUGAAUGACUUGCAAUUGACACCCAAAUCAUAUCUGUGUGAUGUUGCAAGAUGCAUGUACAGGUCCCGCCCGGGCACUGUUUGUUUAUUGCAUUGUUUGUUAUUAAUACGCAAAGCAGCAAUAAAA